AUUCCGGAUUAUUCCAAGAAACGAGAAGGGCCGGGUGAGAAUGGUGAUCCAGUGAUCCUGGAAGGAAAAGAGAAAGAGAUUGGCGAGCAACAAAUGAAAACCUUCUUCAUGAAUGUGUUGGCCAGUGACAAGAUUUCGUUAGAUCGAAGUAUCCCGGAUUCACGAUCUCGGGAGUGCCUAGCUCUUUCCUAUCCUAGGAAUCUUCCCACAGCAUCAGUUGUCAUCGUAUUCACGAACGAAUUCUUCUCGUGUAAGUGA